CACUGUCAACAACUGAACUAGAGCUUGAGCGAGUGGAGGAUUGUGAGAUUCGUUUGAAACUUUUCUCUGGCGAAUUCAAGAUGUUCACCAACAGCAAAGAUGUUUACAGCAAAACCUAUUCUCAAUUUAGAUUGGCAUAGUUGCAGUGUUUGUGGCCAAACCCCCAAAACAGCCACUGACGGCGGGAAGAGCCAAGAGCUUCAUAUCAUUCCUGUCGAACUCUUGCGCGCAGACCCUACCUGCAUGACCUGACAAAACUCCAAGCUCCAUCUGAAGAGUCCCAGUGGUACUGGUAGCUGUAAGUGACACUUGGAUGCCUUUUGUGUAACGCUGGAAACAAUGGCUGAGGACCGCGGUGCAUUUCGGACCGGCUUCCGCCGGGCAGAACUCCUCCGUGUGCAGAAGGAGAUUGAAAACAUUAAGAAAAGAUCCCAGAAAGAGGUGGGGCUUACCAAAGAACAGCUGAAGGAGGCAGAAGAGAGCAAACAACAUGUGAUUAUCAGCAACAAGGUCAAGAAUGUAGAACUGGCUCUAGAUUUUGGCAAGAAAGGCAUGCCAUACGUUCGGAAGACAGAGCCUCAUUUUGAGGAAUCUUUCAUCAGUAAGCCUGUGCCAGUACAAAAGCAAGAACCAGGAAGUGUACCCCCUUACAAUGCCUUGGAUAAAGAAUACACUAUGCCACCAGAAGGAAAGACAAAGAAAUUUCCCUACAGUAAGGAAGAAACUAUUACAACUGAGGAAAUGCAUAUUCCCCACGUGCAGACCCUUGGUGUUGUCCCAUCACGAAGCACCAAGGAGAUCGAGACUCUGCAGUUCAGGAUGCAAGGCAAGCCAGCCAUGGCUAAGCCAGACUCAGAGAUCAAAGCCAUCGAGCAGGCCAAUCUAGACACCUACCAAGAGCCGACCCUUUCCGUCACUGCCAGAUCUGAAUCAGCUGCUGACUCUGCCAAACUGAAGCCAGCCGAGGGCGACCUAGCCCAACAGCUGGCAGGGAAGCCAUCCAAGCCUGCCAUUGUUGCGAUGGCGGGCACUUUGGCCCCCGUGAAGUUCUCCCAGAGGGCCAAGCCACCUGCCAGACCCACAUCGGGGGCCAAGACGCCCGACGCCCCAAGAAGAAAGAUUAAAAAACAAGUCAAGAGCAGCAAGAAGAGCUCCAAGAAGGCCCGCUCGGAGAUGACAACCCCCUGGGAUGACCUGGACUCUGAAGACUCGCCUACUUACCUGAGUGACGAUAGCGAAGACCUCAGCAGGAGCAGGUCUGGUUCCAAAACCUCGUACCACAGGAAAGGAAGGUCCAUGCGGCAUGGGUCGGCAGGGUCCAGUGGCUCUCAUAAGUCGGCAAGUGAACUGCUGGCAGAGGCUCAGGACAUUGUUGGACCCGAUAGCUUACCAGUCUUCAAGAGGAGACAACAAGCCAAGCAGGAGAAAGCUUUCGAGAAGAGAGGCUCCAAAUUAAAGGUGGCAGAGACAGAGAAGGAGGACACGCCCAAGGAGCGAUCAGUGGAUGACAUCAUAUCCUCCCUCAAAGCAGCCAGGGAGACAGGAGGAGUAAAAUCAGAAGCCGACAUCAAGAUCCAGCAGAUAAUGCAGCGGGUCCUGUCACGCACAGCGGCAGUGCUGGAAACAGAGCAACAGGUCCCAGAAGGGAUGGAGCAAGAGGAGGGGGAGGAGGAGCUAGACGGUGCCGAGGGGGAGGCUGACGUCAGUGAACAAGACAGCAAAACUGAUAUUAAAGACAGUGUGCCAGUCAUCACAGUCCUAGAGAGUACCAGCCAGGCAUCUUUUGGGACGUCGGAUCAGGAUGCUGUCUCUGUCAAAGUGGAAGAUGCCAGCAAAAUUCAAGCUAGCACCGAGUCCCUUCCCAAAGCAGAUGCUGACAGACUCGCGACGUCCGACUCGAGGAUCACGCAAGAUGCAGUAGGGGCAGAGCAAGCCACCGACGGACACAAGGAAGUCGGCUUCAAGCCGUCUGUGGUGUUCCAAGAGGAACCCACAGAGAUCAAGUGGGAGGAAGAGAUGGACCUACAGCAGGCUUGGAUGGACCUGCAAGUGCCUCUGGAUGUCACCUAUGAGGAGAUCAUGAAUGUCGAGGGGGAACCUCAGCCCUUGGUUCCCAGGAGAGAUGUCAGGGAAACUGCCAGGGACCCUGGGGCCAGGCCCACUGUCCAGAGCUCCUCGGUGUCCUUCCUCUCCAGCUGUGCACCUCAGGAGAAAGUGCCAAGGGAGGAGAGAAUUCCAGAUACUAGACCAGAAGGCUACCGCAACAGCAUCCAUCACUUCUGCACCAUCCCAGCCCAGCUGCCCAUCCCCGGUAGCCUGCAGCUAGCCACACGCAUGUAUCACACGCCCAGCAAGUACGCCGGUGUCGCAAAGCUAGCGCCCCCAUCAGUCAAGGAAGCGAGCGUCUUUGAGCACUCCUACACCCAGACUCUGAGGUCUACCUCCUCUCGUAGCCAGAGCAGUCAGGCAGCGUCAGAGAGGACGACCCAGUAUGCCAUAGACCAACAGCAGCGACUGAUGUCGGCUGCUGCCCAGCGAAUCCUGAAGGAAGCCGAGGAGACUGCAGGGUCAGACACCCAGACUCUGGAGGCAUGGGAGAAGAGGGCCCAGCAAGUGUUUGAUGAUGAGGAGUUGGAGAUUGCUGGCCAGCGGAUGCCUCUUAGACAAGAUCAGUCCCGCCUCUACUGGACCCCAGCUCCACCCAAGAUGGACCUGCCCUCCGCCUAUAUCCGCAGCACCCUGUACCCGGAAUUCCAAGGGGCCAUUAUGGAGGACGACAGCGACAAGCAGACGGUGGCAGCAGGGGACCGACUGGAGGAGGAAGGAGCCAGUGAUGUGGGCAUGGGCGGAGCUUUAGAGGAAGGAGAGGAGGAAGAGAAAAGUGAUGCCCAUAGACCCCUACAGCCUCAACACAGGUCCUGGGAAGACCUGACCAAGCUGGGCUGGCUCAAGAGAGAAGCAGCUGCCGUGGCCAAGACGCCUGGCCCAGCUGCGUCAAAGGAGGGCGACAGGGAGGCUUCGCCGAGCGAAGACGAGCCACAACAGGAAGGAGAAGCGAUCAUGCCUGUGACACCAGCAAGAUCCAGCUCAGGUGUGCCCAGCCAGGCAACCGAUGACACCAUCAGUAAUGCGCUCAUACAUGUGAAGUCCUACACAAGUGUGAGUGAAUUGCGCCGCAAGUUCUCCCAGGUCACAACCUCCACCAAGGAGGAGCGAGAGUCGGAGGAGCAGGCGAUAGUCAUCGAGGUUGCUCACACCACCGAUGCCAUUGACACGCUGCCACCAGUGAGGCGUACCCAGUCAGCUCCGGCACUGGCAGCAGUGUACGACACCCUAAUCCUGGAUGACGACUUUGACACCUGCAUGCAGGAGGUACUGAAGCAACAGCAGCAGAUAGAGGAGGCCAAGGCCGCGUUGCAGCGGGGCCCGGAAGAAGAGGAGACGGAAGAUGUCAUCGGGGAGGCGCUGGUUACCAUGGCGAGAAUGACGCCUCAGUCUUCCUCUCCAAACACCAGCACCCAGAAACCUUCCUCUCCGACACUGGCUGAGAAAGCCCGGAUGGCUGGUAUGAAGUAUGUCUUGUAUCCCAAGAACAGAGGGAAAAAGAAGAAGCGACCACUUGAUCCACGUCGCCUUGAUGCAAUUGAGGCUUUUCUGAGGCAACCACCACGAAGAAUACACAGGUCCGAGAGUCUACCCAAGGUUAAGAUGCCUGUUCCCUGGGUCCUACGAGUGCCACCGAGGGUCCGCUCAAGGAGGAGAGGCAGUCUGCCUGACCUGCUGGACUUUGACGAGUAUGUCAGGGAAAACAGAGACAAGGAUGACAUGGACAAUCUCCGGGAGUGGGUACGAGGAAUCUGGGAUGCUUGGUUUGAUGAGGUGUUCCCUCCAACGGAGGCAGAUAGUGAGUCCGACUUUGAGGAGGAGGUAUCGCCAACAGUCUCUCCAACAAAAAGGCGGGGAUCAGCAGCUAGCAGUGCAGUUUCUGUCGAGAUUGACACCACCGAGCCAAUCAUGGAGACAGAAGAGGACAGAGAGAUCGUUGAGUGGCUCCAUGAUGAGGUAUUGCAGCUGACUGCGAUCAUUGAAAAGUCACCCAAACCCUCGCCCUUUGACCUCUGCCGACGUGGAGCCAUGUAUCGCAAGCUGGGAAAGUUGAAGCAGGCGUGGGAGGACCUGAACCAGGCCAUCCUACUGGAGCCUCAGCUCCUGGACGCCUACUGGCACCGCCACCUGCUCUUCCUGCUACGCCAUAAGCAGACCAAGGCCCUGGAGGAUCUCAACACCAUCCUCAAGAUCAACAAGGAGCACGUGGGUGCCUACAGAUCAAGGGCAGAGAUAUUUAGUCAGAGAGGCGACGUAACCAUGGCCAUCAUGAAUUACACCCAGACCAUCAAACUGGAUCCUGAAGACCACGAAGCUUACUACAAACGAGCUGAAAUGUAUGAAAAGCGAGGCGAGAUGCUCUUGGCCCUAGAGGAUUACAGGGAAGUGACUAGGCUAAUGCCAAGCAAGACGGAUGCUAUCUUCAAGAGAGGCAUCUACCAGUUUAAUACCAACAAGAACUGGAUGGCAGCCAUCAAGGACUUCACUGAGCUCUUGGCGCAGGAGCCAGCCAAUGCCCUGGCUAGGACGUACCGUGGGCGUGCCUAUGCCAAGCACGGUCACUUUGUCCUGGCGGUGGAGGACCUGUCGUCAGCAAUCCACCUGGACCCACUCAGCAGCGUGGCAUUCUUCCACAGAGGCUGUCUGCUCAGAAGGGCAAACCCUAAGCAGGCACUUCAGGAUCUGAGCGUCUCUGUUCUCCUGGAUGACAGUGAGGAGAACGUCAUGGCUUUCUUCCACAGAGCUGUGUUAUACAUGGACGAUGACAGAUACGAGGAUGCCAUUGCAGAUUUUGAGAACGUCCUAAAGCUCGACAAGACCAUAGCUGCGGCCCACGUGAACCUGGGUCUCAUCUACAUGACCAAGGUGGAGAACUAUCACAAAGCAAUUCAGAAGUUCACUAAUGCCAUCAAAGUGAACCCCAUCUACGUCCGUGCCUUGGUGUGCAGAGGGGAGGCUUACCACAAGAUUCAUGAUUUGAAGAAUGCCCUGCUUGAUUUCACCAGAGCAAUCCACCUUCGACCUGACCAGCAACAUUAUUACAUGUACAGGGGAGAAAUCUUGUUGGAAAUGAAGAAUCUGGAAUUGGCAAGCUUCUGUGUAAAACAUGCAGCGGCCCUGAGCCAUGGCCUGGGGUCCUCUGCCACCCAGCAAGCCGCCGUCCAGUCCUUCCUCCACAACUACACCAAGGCCAUCGACGUCCUGUCCACGGCCGCCCGCUCCCACCCCACCGCACCGCUCUUCAUCCUGCUGGGCAAGACGCAGAUCAAGGCCAAGAAGUACAGGGAUGCGGUGGACAGUCUGGAGAAGGCUCUCAACUUCAUGAAACCCUGGCAGGAACGUCAGACUUGGCCCAUGGAAGCAGCCGAGGUCAACUACCUGAUCGGCAUGUGCCAGACCGAGAUCCCCAACUACCUUAAGGCAUUUGAGGCCUUCAACAAUGCCAUCAAGAUCAACGGCGAUUACCCUGAGGCCUAUUACCAGCGGGGCCUGACACGUAUGAAGUUGCGUCAAUCCAAGGGCAUCCUGGACUUCAACCGUGCCCUAGCCCUCAACCCCAAGCUGUUCCAGGCUUUCCUGAGCCGGGCCGCCUAUUACGGGAUGAAGGGGCGCUACUCCAAAGGCAUCGUCAAUUGCAACGAGGCCAUUAAGCUGCAGCCAAACAGUGUUAGAGCCCACCUGUACAGGGGAGCGCUCAAGUACUACAUCCUGGCCUACAAGCUGGCCAUCAAGGACCUGUGCAGGGCCAUUGAGAUCGACAACACCUGCUCCCUGGCCUACUUCAACCGGGCCGUCUGCUACCACACCACCAAGGACUACGGCAAGGCGCUGCGGGACUACGGCAUUGUGCUCAUGCUGGGAGAGGCCAACGCCCUCAAGGUGCUGAUCAACAGGGGGUUGAUGUACUUUGCCCAGAAGGAUUACAGGAAUGCCAGGGAGGACUUUGCUCAGGCUGUCAAGAUGGAUCCCCGGGACCCUAAGAUCAGACACACACUUGGUCUGUGCUGCCACAAACUGAACAAACUAGAAGAUGCUGUGACCGUCUUCACCUCUGCUUUGGAGGUUGAUAUGUUCUUCCUGGAUGCCUACAUUGGCCGGGGUAAUGCCUUUAUGGACUAUGGCCAUGAAAUCACGCACCAGAUGGCAAGGCGCGACUAUGAGAGGGCACUUCAUCUCAACCCCCAGUGCCUUCCAGCGAGAGUCAAUUUGGCCUACAACCUGCAGGUCUGCGGCCACUUCCAGCAGGCAUGGAAACAGCUAACAGCCUGCCUCAAGAUCAAUCCAAAUUACAGGCCGGCCCUGGAGGGGCGCGCGGUCGUCUGCCUCCAAAUGAGCGACACUUUUGCCGCAUUCCAGGAUCUCAAUGCCGCCCUCAAGCUGGGGCCAUCGGCUGAGCUGUACACCAACCGCGGUGUGGUGAACCAGUUCAUGCAAGACCACCACAACGCCAUGCGGGACUACCAGUCAGCCGUCAAGCUGGAUCCCACCUAUGCCUUGGCCUACUUCAAUGCUGCCAACCUGUACUUCCACAACCGGCAAUUUAGACAGGCCAUAGACUUCUACAGCAAAGCACUGGAGCAUAAUCCCAAAGAUGAAUCAGCCAUUUUGAAUCGAGGAAUCACAAAGGUUCUGAUGCGCGACGCACGUGGGGCUCUGAAGGACUUCCAGCUGGCGGUCACUAUGAGCCCCCUCUCUGCCCACGUCUACUUCAACCGGGGUAACCUGUAUGCCUCCUUACGCAGAUACGAGCUUGCUGAGAAGGACUACUCAGAGGCUCUGAAACUACAGCCAGAUGAUCCUUUGGUGCACAAACGCAGGGCAGAGGUGAGAGGAAAGAUUGGCAAACGUGCAGAUGCUGUCCAAGACUACAAGAGAGCAAUUGAACUACAGAGCAGAAGGCAUCUCACCAACUGACGAUACCAGCAGCUGGAUGAAGACAUCACUGCAUUCAAGAGAAGUAAAUGCAUAGCAGAGAGCAUCCCACGAAUUGGAAGAUACAGACUCAGACCACUGGUCCAGACCAGGGAACAGUCUAAUUACUCAGCACAAGGCAUUGUGAAAGUACAAGCUGUAGAUGUCCAGGGAACAUCUUUAUAUAGGAGAAGAAAUUGUCACAGGAAUCGAGGAUGGAGACUGCAGUUAUCCAUGGUUCUGGUACAAGUUUCUCUCGUGGUUUCAUGAAUAUGUGUAGGGUCAGAAUAGUAUGCCAUGAUUGGAUGUUGUCAUUGACCUCAUGUACUCAAGUUCAAUAGGGCUGCAUACAUGUACAGUAAACUCCGGCUAUGUCGGCACUCUCGGGACUCAAGAAAUUAUGACGACUUACGCGAAU